GGACCUGGUCCCACAUUUAGAAGCUCCCCCAACGCAUCACGGUGAAUUAGUACGUGGGAAAAACGAACGUGCUCCCAAGUCCUAACCCUCGAUCAAAAUCCCCUUUUCUUCAACCACUGCAACAAGAAAGCCAUUAGAUUCUUUGAAUUUUGGGGUUUUCGAUUCGAUUUCUUUGGAAUUCGUUACGGCCAUUGUUGAUUAAAGAAAGGUGAAUACUUCCAAUGGCAACUAACAACAAGAAAGACGAACCAAGUACAGCUCCUCAGGCCGAUCGUUGGUAUAACCUAACCCUAGGCUCCUCUUUCAAAGACCACCGUCCCUCCUCCAAGUUUUGCACUUUGCGCUAUGAAUUUAAACCAGCUUCAAUUGAUAAGAACCAGGCCGGAUCACUACACAAGAACAAGGACAACCGGGUUAGUGUGGAAUUUCACAACAACCAGCCUGGAAAACCAAAAGUGAUCUUUGAGGGCAGUAGUGAGGAUUACAAGGACAAUGAUGCAGUUUUGUUCUUUGAUGGUCAGACCUUUCGGUUAGAAAGGUUGCAUCGAGCAGUAAAGCGGUUGAGACAUGUUAGGCAACCUGGUGAGUCUGCCGCUGGAGGAACUUCACUCGGACCAGCUGCAGAGUCUGGUUCACCGCCAGUCAGUAAAGUGGCUAAGUUGCAGCCUUUGAACAAGAGCAUACCUCCUUUAAUGCCGGUUGAGAUUGAACGGAUUGAAAUUGGUGACUUCAAGAGCUUAGAUACAAAACCAAAAAAUGAAAAGGUUGUUGAUUAUCCGUCUGCCCAUCUAAAUCCAUCUACCACAUCACCAGACCUGAAGAAUGAGGACUUGGAGGAACAAUUAGAUAUAGUCAACGACAGUGAUGAGGUUGAGGAAGCAGGAAACGGCAGUAAAAAUGCUGAAAAGGAAUUCCACACCGGUAUUGACAUUAAUGUACCUCAUCAAAAUGAUACGGACGACGAAAUUGCUGAUGUGGACGUGAACGACGAUGAGGAUAAAGGAUGUAAUGCCGCAGAAGCCCUUAGAGCACAGGUGAAUGCAGAGGAAAGAGGGGGGCAGACUUCAAGCUCAAGCAGUAGCAGUGGGAGUGAGAGCAGUGCGAGUAGCGGAAGUGGGAGUGGUAGUGGUUCCAGCAGCAGUGACUCUGAAAGCAGUGAUGGUGACUCAGUCAACUCCGGCUGAAUUCUGGGGAUGGUGAAUUUACUAUUUGAUUUUUGUGUGUAUAAUCUUUUUGACUUGAAUAGCAUAUAACCUUAACUGAGAUUUGAUUGUAAAACCAUUGGAGAGAAAUGCAGCUUUCUGAUGUGAAUUUAAUUAUACAUUUUCCCUCUUUUCUUUUA